AUGUCAAAAGCACCAAAGAAUAGCAAAGAGGUCCCCUCUUGCUUCACCGAUACCCAUGGAAUAGUCACUUCAACGAUGAAUGACCUACCCGGAUACAAAGUCAAGAAAGUUCUCGGCACUAUCUACGGAAUUACUGUCCGAACUCGCAAUUGGGGCGCCGAUUUAGGCGCCGUCGUCCGAUCAGCGGUUGGAGGGGAGAUCCGCUUCUUUACGAACUUAAUGUAUACUUCUCGUGAAGAAGCUAUGGAGCGGCUUGUGGGCGAAUGUAUGAGCCGAGGAGGAAACGCAAUCAUUGCAGUUCGAUUCGAUGUCGCGAGUUUCGGGGCUUGUUCGCAAAUAUGUGCUGCAUAUGGGAAUGAGAAAGAGGUUGGUGAAGCAAUCAAGGAAAGUGGUGUCCCUCGACAUGAGAUUUUCGUGACAACGAAGCUUGCUCAGACUUGGCAUAAACCUGUCGAUGUUCAAAAAGCUCUAGAACUGUCACUGGGGACUCUACAGAUGGAAUAUGGUAAUAUCUCACAGUGUUUCGAAAAGGGCGUGAACUAA